UCACCAACAGCCGUCCGCUUCGGGGAAAACACGCUCUCCUCCUCUCGUAUCUACACCGUCUCUUCAAAAUUCUCCCCGUCCUCCUCUAAUUCCCUCAAAACAAGACUUAUCUUGCCUGUCAUCUUCCAUAAAUCUAUAUAUAUACUAUAUUAACCUACCAUGUUACCCUAAUCACCAUCAAUGUGACCGCCACCGCUUGUAUGCGGUCAGUCUCAAAUCUCAAAUUCUUCCUCAGCCUCCAACGCGCAGCGCCCCGAAUGAAUUAACCUCCUCACGCGGACCCUUCUCAAACCCUCAUAUACCUAUCCCGAUCCCCGGCGCCAGCCGCAGGACCCGAAACAAUGUCGAACAAUGCGGCCUACGCCGUACCACAGGUGAAAACAACCUCCACCUCCUCCAAAACCACCUUCCACUUCGCCGCCGGCCUCUUCUCCGGCCUCACCUCCUCCAUCCUCCUCCAACCCGCCGACCUCCUCAAAACCCGGGUCCAACAAUCCCAAAGCGCCUCCCUCCUCCCAACCAUCAAAACCAUCCUCUCCUCCCCACACCCAAUCCGCAACCUAUGGCGCGGCACUCUCCCCUCCGCCCUCCGCACGGGCUUCGGCUCAGCCCUAUAUUUCACCAGUCUGAACGCCCUCCGAACCGGCCUCGCCCAAUCCCACCACAACCACACCCCCACCAAAAUCACCAAUAGCUGCUCCUCCGCACUCCCCAAACUCUCCAACACCGCCAACCUCACCACCGGCGCCGCCGCCCGAGUCGCCGCCGGCUUCGUCAUGAUGCCCGUGACCGUGCUCAAAGUCCGCUACGAAUCGGACUACUACUCCUACCGCAGUCUGUUCAGCGCAGGGAAGGAUAUCAUCCGCACGGAAGGAUUCCGGGGCCUGUUCUCCGGGUUCGGGGCUACCGCGGCGCGAGAUGCGCCGUAUGCGGGCCUCUAUGUUCUGUUCUAUGAGCAGUUGAAGCGGCGAUUGGCGGGUCUGGCGAGUUCGUCGGCGGAUCAGCAGCCGAUGAAGUCGUCGUCGAUUAAUUUCGUCUCGGGCGGGUUGGCGGCGGGGUUGGCUACGGCGAUUACGAAUCCGUUUGAUGCUGUCAAGACUCGCUUGCAGUUGAUGCCUGGGCGGUACGGGAAUAUGGUUCGGGCGGCGAGGUUGAUGGUGCGGGAGGAUGGAGUGAGGAGUUUGUUUGGGGGGUUGGGGCUGCGGAUUACGAGGAAGGCGCUGAGUUCAGCGCUUGCGUGGACGGUGUAUGAGGAGUUGAUUCUCCGGGCUGAGGUGUCGUGGGGUAAGGCGGUAUAGAUGGGAUUUAUAUAAAUCGUGGUAUGGUAUGGGUUUCGUGUUCGGCUUCCCGGUAUGAGUAUGAUGAGUCAGUGUUGGAGUUUGUUAUUGUGAUUGUUGUCGUUAUCGUUACGGGCAUAGAAAUGGGUUCGGAUAUGGGAUUGCAUCGAUCAUCAUUCAUCAUCAUCAUUGUAUCAUAUAUAUAACUGCGUCAAUCCCAACUCACGAGAAGAAAGAAAAUCAACAU